CCUUGAACGCACCGCCUUCAAAGGACUGCUAACCACUGAAUAAAGUGCGAGCAACUUUAGCUUAGCCGACCCGUCCAAGCCAACAUGCCCGUGGAUUUGACCCAGUGGAGCGGCCCGCUGGCCCUCCAGGAGGUGGAGGAGAAGCCCGCCGGGCCUCUGACUAUUAAAUACGGCUCAGUGGAGAUCGACGAGCUGGGCAAAGUGCUCACUCCGACGCAGGUGCAGAACCAGCCCACGUCCAUUACGUGGGAGGGAUGCGACCCCAGUAAGUUUUACACUUUGGCCCUGACCGACCCUGACGCCCCCAGUAGGAAAAACGCCAAAUUCAGGGAGUGGCAUCACUUCCUGGUGGUCAACAUGAAGGGGAACGACGUGUCGUCCGGUCGCGUCAUGUCCGACUACGUGGGCUCCGGUCCUCCUCAGGACACAGGUCUGCACCGGUACGUGUGGCUGGUCUACGAGCAGGCGGGCGAGCUGGCCUGCAGCGAGACGGUCCUCACCAAGCGCUCGGGCGACGGGCGCGGCAAGUUUAAGAUCCAGAGCUUCAGGAAGAAGUACCAGCUGGGCGCCCCCGUGGCCGGUACCUGCUACCAGGCCGAGUGGGACGACUACGUGCCCAAACUCUACCAGCAGCUCGCCGGAAAGUAAACAGAAUUAAAAAAAAAAAAAAAAAAAGUGCUACUUUUCCCCGUCUUGGAAGACAUCUUCUUUUGCACUAAUUAUGCUUUUGUUUUGAAAGUGCCACUGAUUGUUCUGACAAGUGAAAUUUCAACUGCACAAUAAAUCGACUAAACUUU